AUGAGUAACCAAUGGGAUAAUGAUGAGACAGUUCAAAGGUUCAGAGAAUAUUUACGGAUCCCUAGUGUCCACCCCGAUGUUGAUUACUCUAAAUGUGUCACAUUCUUGAAAACCCAGGCAAGUUUGCUUAACUUGCCUGUUUUUGUUUACGAGUUGGUGCCCAAGAAGCCGGUUGUAGUGAUGACGUGGGAAGGUCUUGAACCCGACCAGCCCUCGAUACUACUGAAUUCACAUAUGGAUGUAGUGCCGGUUUAUGAGGAAUGCUGGACCUACCCUCCAUUUGAUGCCGUCAUUUCAGAAGACGGAUUUAUCUAUGCUAGAGGAACACAAGACAUGAAAAGUAUUGGUAUGAUGCAUUUAGAGGCUGUUAAGAGGCUGAAGGAUGCUGGAGUCAGACUUAAAAGAACCAUUCACAUAAGUUUUGUACCUGAUGAGGAGAUCGGCAGCAAAGACGGCAUGCUGACAUUUGCUGCAUCAGAAGAAUUCAAGAAACUUAAUGUCGGUUUCGGUUUGGACGAGAGCUGUCCUAAUCCAAUACCCAAGGUGAUAACUGCUUUCCACGGAGAAAGGACAACGAGGCAAAUCACCAUAACAUGCAGAGGUGAACCUGGACAUGGAUCUGUAGUAGCCCCAGGCCCUGACCGCACAGCUGGUGAGAAGCUACAUUGUAUAAUAGACCGGUUCAUGACCUUCCGUGCCAAGGAGAAGGUCAAAAUAGAUAAUGGAGCGUGGUUCGGUGACAUCACGUCUAUCAACUUAACCCAAGUGCAGGGUGGUGUCCAAGUUAACGUAUUACCUGAAAAUCUAUCCGUAUCGUUCGAUAUAAGAAUAGCAUGCGAUGUGGAUAUCGAUGAAUUUGAUGCGAUGAUUUCAAAGUGGUGUGAGGAAGCUGGAAGCGGCGUGACAUAUGAGUAUCACCUCAAGAACCCACAAAUUAAGAGCACAGAACUUGAAACGUUACCUUUUUGGAAAGUUUUGAAACAGGUUGUCAGUGACAUGGGCUGUACAGUCAAACCUGUGAUCUGUCCUGGAGCAACUGACGCUCGAUUCCUUCGUCAGCAAGGCAUACCUGCUGUUAACUUUUCACCAUUCCCUGGAGUUCCAAUACUAAUACAUGGUCAUGAUGAAAGACUGCACGUAGAUGUUUAUAAGAGAGGGAUAGAUAUGAUGGAGAAAGUCGUUGAAGCUGCUGCUAACGUUUAG